UCCCCCAUCACACACACACUCAUCAUCGCCGUGCUUUACAGCUUCCUCGUCUUCUUCUUUAGUCUUUCCCUUUUCUUUUUUUGCUUAUAUCUUCAGCAAAUCUGAUUUCAAGAGAAAUUAAAAAAAAAAUCACCGAAGAUAGAAAAAAGAAUGAGCGAGGGGAGGAUAAAGAAGAGUGUGAACGGAGGAGCACCGGCGCAAACGAAUCCCGAUGAUCGGAGAUCUAGUGUUGAACCUUCUCAAGCAGCGGCGGCGGGGAAGCGAGCUGUAGUAAAGAGUGCUGAUAUGAAAGAGGAUAUGCAGAAGGAGGCUAUCGAAAUCGCUAUCGCCGCAUUUGAGAAUAACAGUGUGGAGAAGGAUAUAGCUGAGAAUAUAAAAAAGGAGUUUGACAAGAAACAUGGUGCUACUUGGCAUUGCAUUGUUGGUCGCAACUUUGGUUCUUACGUAACUCACGAGACAAACCAUUUCGUUUACUUUUACCUCGACCAAAAAGCUGUGCUGCUCUUCAAGUCGGGUUAAAGAAUUCCGAAACCAAGAGAGCUUCCUUCACCUCUUUGGAGUCUGAAGAUGUUAAAUCGCAUUAUUGUCAUCACGUUGUAGUUAGUUCCUUCAUUGUGUUCUACGCGUAUGUAUGUGUUGGCUUUCACCAACAAAACUGGAUUAUAAACACUGUAUGUAAUAUUCGAUUUUAAAACUCUAUUUUCAGAAAACCGGAAUAUCCGGUUUGUGUUUGCU